GCUGUUUAUCUCCCUCCGCCGCCGCACCAUCCAGUCGGACUUCCCAGUUCGCACAGUGCCAGGCCAACAGCGGCGGACGCGAACUCCCAGUCCACUGUGUAGAAAAAGGACAAGUUAAAGAGUUGCUGACAUCGUCUUCGCCGAGACUCUACAACUUCAAGAUGCGGCUGUUGAUCCACUCUGCAGACCAGGUGGUAACUCCCGUCUCCGUAGAACGUGGCAGGAAACCAGAAGUGCGUGUCCUUCAUAAUGCAGCCAUCGCCGUUGAUGAGCAGGGGAGGAUCGCGGCGGUGGGCGACUCGGAAGCGGUGUGCCGGCGCUACGAGGGCCAGCAGUUCGACGCCCGGAUAGACGCGAGCGGCCGCUGCGUGAUGCCCGGCUUCGUGGACGCGCACACCCACCCCGUCUGGGCCGGCGACCGGUCCCAUGAGUUCGCCAUGAAGCUGGCCGGGGCGUCAUAUCUGGAGAUCCACGAAAAGGGCGGCGGCAUUUACUUCACGGUGGAGCAGACGGCUAAAGCUUCAGAUGACGAGCUGUACUCGAGCCUCAAGGAGCGGCUCACGAAGAUGCUGCGGGCAGGGACGACGUUGGCGGAGGUGAAGUCGGGUUACGGCCUGGAGGCGGCGGCCGAGCUGCGGCUGCUGCGGCUGCUGGAGCGCGCGCGACGCGAACUGCCGCUGGAGCUCAGUGUCACCUACUGCGGCGCGCACGCCGUGCCCAGAGGGAAGACUGCGGAAGAGGCAGUGCGUGACAUCGUGGACCAUCAAAUACCGUCGAUCAAGAAACUGGUGGACGCAGGGGAGCUGGCUGUCGAAAACAUCGAUGUCUUCUGCGAGAAAGGCGUCUUCAGUACCGACCAGGCGAGGGCCAUCCUAGAGAAGGGCAAAGAGGCCGGCAUGCGUCCCAACUUCCACGGAGAUGAGCUCAACCCGAUGGGCUGUGCACAGCUGGCAGUGGAUAUAGGAGCGUGGGCAGUGAGCCACCUGGAGGAAGUGUCCACAGACGGGGUGGCAGCGCUGGGAUCGGCGCGCCAGCCCCCGGGGGCGGUCCUGCUGCCCACGACAGCACUGCUGCUGCGGCUGCAGCCGCCUCCGGCCAGGCAACUACUGGAUGCGGGCGCGCUCGUCGCCCUAGGAUCGGACUUCAACCCCAACGCGCACUGUUACGCCAUGCCAAUAGUGAUGCUAUUGGCUUGCAUACUCACGCGAAUGAGUGUUGAGGAGGCGCUUGUGGCAGCUACAUUAAAUGCUGCUGCAACAUUGGGUCGAGCAGACAGAGUGGGCUCCAUUGAAGAAGGGAAAGCAGCAGACUUGGUCAUUAUUGAUGCAAGCAGGUGGGAGCACAUCAUUUAUCAGUUUGGCUGCCAUGAUAACCUGAUAGCAUAUGUCAUCAAGAAUGGAAAGGUGGUGCACUGCAAGAAGGAUGCAAUUAAUGGAUGAAAGUUGCUGCUAUUGGCCAAUCAGUACAUCUGCAAAAAUGUUGUUUCCUUCAAAUGCUCUUUAAAUACUAUUGUUAAAAUAUUUAACAGGAUAUGAUGAAGUUUUUCUACACAGUUACAACAUUUAAAGAAUGGAAAUAGAAAAAAUUCUAAGUGCCAUUUUUUCACAAAAUAAAUUUCAGUUCUAUUGAACUCUCAGUACUCUGUUGUGGAUCUCUAGAUUUGUUUCAAGUGUCAAAUUAUGUACAGAAUGUUUCAAAUAUUCAUUAUUAUGAUGUACAUGGUAUUUCUGUCAAGUAGUGCUUCCCUCUGGAGUUUCCAAGUGCUAUGUCUCAAGGUCUCCACCAUUUAGCUUGGGAUGAUAUGAAGAGAUAACACAUGAGUUUGUGAUGAGUGGUCACAGCUUUUUAAGUGUGACAGAGAUUUUUCAAUUAUAAAUAAAAUGAAGAAUGGUAAAUAAGUUCUUUGUUCUGCAAGAUUUACACAAGAUUGUUGAGUCAGCUAAGGCUAUGGACCCAUUCCAUGUAAUUCCAAUACAUACAACUGACUGUUUUGAUUUUAAACACACUGCUGAGACAAUGUUGUCAAUGCAGAUGUGUAAGAACUCCAAAUGCAGUAUAAUCAAAGUGUCUCAUACUCAUCUAUCUCAAAAAGCUAUCUACAAUUCGUACUCUGAAACAAAAGAAUGGAAAAAUGUCAAUGUAUUGAAAACAGGAAGGACCAUGGCAGAUGAAUGUAAUGCUUUGCUGCAUCUGAAAGAUGAGCUAUGUUUAUCAGUUGCAAAACAGAAGGACCUGUUGGCUAUGUUGCAACUUCUUCCUCAACAGCACAAGGAGUUUUAUAGCAAACUUUGUAAUAUCUAAUUCCCAAGACUGGAGUUUUGUGGGAAACAGAAGUCAGUGCUAAGAGAUUUUUUUUCUUGAAUUUCAUUUUGUUAAUUUCUUUGAAACAACUCAAGAGAAAUGAGAAAUUGUUAUUGUUCACUACAAUCCUACAAGUUACAA